CAGGAACCAGGUACCUCGGCGCUCGGAUCCAGCCUAUGUGUAUUUGUGGGUCUGAACUCAUAUAUUAAUGCGGCUCAGAUGUCCCACUUCUUACAGCCAUCGUUCUCACCAUCGUCCUCACUGUUCUACUUGUCAGGAAGAAUCUUAAUCGCCAUGGUCCUCUUCCUCCAGGACCCUCGGGGCUGCCUUUCCUUGGAAAUGCAUUGGAGAUGAGUGGCCCAUAUCCUUGGCUGAAGUAUACAGAAUGGAGCAAGCAGUACGGCGACGUGGUUCACAUCAAAGCUGCCGGCCAAUCCGUAAUUAUCUUGAGUUCCCCCCAAGCGCUAUCAGAUCUCCUAGAACAACGGGGUGCCAUAUACUCCGACCGUCCGCGUCUCAUUAUGGGUGGUGAACUUGCCGGCUACGUUGAUAGUGUCCCUCUUUGUCCAUAUGGGAGCAGGCUGCGCGAAUACCGCAAACUGAUGUCUGAAGCUCUGACUCCUCGCAGGGUCCAAGAUUACUUUGCUCUAGAAGAGGAAAAAACUAGGGAGUUUUUGGGGUGCCUACUACGUAGUCCUGACCAAUUCCUACAUCACAUCAGAAGGAAUAUUGCCGCUAUUGUGUUCAAAAUCACUCAUGGAUAUGAUUUGAAAGACGGCUUGGAUCCUUUGAUGGAAUUAGCGGAACGCGGGGAUCACGACUUUUCUGACGCGGCAAGCGCUGGAGCCUUUCUCGUCGACUCUUUUCCGGUCCUACUCUACCUACCACGAUGGUUAGGCUUGAAUUGGAUGAAGAGAGCCAAGAUAUUCCGUAAAAACAUGGAGGAACUCCGAGACACUCCCUGGGAAACUGUAAAGGAACAAGUGAAGAAAGGAACUGCCGUUCCGUCAUUCGCGGCGAAUUUGAUUGAGAAGAACGGCGACCUCUCAAAGGACCAAGAAGAUAUAUACAAGUGGGUCUCGACGGCCUUCUAUGCUGGUGGUGCUGAUACAUCCGUGUCCGCUAUAGCGUCCUUUUUCCUUUGCAUGUCCCUGUAUCCCGAUAUACAGCGCAAAGCCCAGGAAGAGGUACUGCGUGUGGUAGGAACCAGCCGAUUGCCUACGUUCUCCGACCGGCCGCUUCUUCCCUAUCUAGAAGCAGUGAUCAAUGAGGUACACCGUAUGAACCCCGUUGGUCCUACUGCCCUUCCACAUAGAUCAAGCCAAGAUGAUCAUUACAACGGGUAUUUCAUUCCAGCUGGAUCCAUCGUGAUACCGAACAGCUGGGCUGUUCUUCACGACCCGGAUGUCUAUCCGUCGCCAUUCGAGUUUUUGCCGGAGCGAUAUUUCGACGAUGCAGCUAAGACGAAAGGUCUAAACCCUGAUCCUCGCAAAUUCGUCUUUGGCUAUGGACGACGAGUAUGUCCGGGACGGCACCUCGCCGAUAACUCUCUCUUCAUCGCUAUCGUGAUGAUACUGUCAGUCUUUGACGUUUCCCGAAUCGACGAAAAGGCCCCGAAGCCAGAUUUCUCCCGCAGCGAAGGGUAUAUUUCAUCGACUAUUUGUCACCCUGAACCUUUUAAGUGCCAUAUCGCACCACGGUCAGAGGAAGCAGCGAUGUUGAUAAGAGCGAAUGACCCAAGGAAGGUCGAUCAUAGCCUUUAAGGCUCCCCCAAUUACAGACGAUGGGGUCUUCUUAUUCUGAUGUAAGGCGUAAUAUUGACCUUAAUAUAGACUCGAAGCAAAAUUAUAAAGCUUAUUUAUUC